AUGGGUAUCACCCAAAGUUCAUGGUUCCUCCUCUCUGUUAUGUUCCACUUAUUCUCUCUCAAAACCCUUCUUUCUAAUGGAGCUAGCACCAUCUCUGUGGGUGAUUCUAUUUCAGGAGACCAGACCAUUAUCUCUGAACCAGCUGGGACCUUCGAAUUGGGCUUCUUCGCUACAGGUAAUAAAUCUCAGAACUACUACAUUGGCAUAUGGUACAGAAAGAUCUCAGAAAGGACAAUCGUUUGGGAGGCAAAUAGAGAUAAACCCAUCUCUGAUAAGUUUUCUUCCCAACUGAAACUCCUAGAGGAUGGAAAUCUAGUUCUUCUCGACUCAUCCAAAACCCAUAUUUGGUCUACAAAUUUGACAUCCUUAACCUUCAAUUCUACGGAGGCAGUGCUUCUUGACUCUGGAAAUCUGGUUUUGAGACACAAACAAAGCUCCUCUACUUUCAUUUGGCAGAGUUUUGAUCACCAAACUAAUAAUUUCUUACCGGGUGCGAAGCUUGGGCGGAAUAAACUCACCAAUACUUCAUAUAUUCUUACUUCAUGGAAGAAUUCAGAGGAUCCUGCUAUGGGGAUCUUCUCUCAUGAGCAGGACCCCACUGGAAGCUCUCAGUAUUUUCUAUUGUGGAAUAAGUCUCAAAGGUACUGGACUAGUGGGUAUUGGAAUGGGCAUAAUUUUGGCACAGUUCCUCAGCAGAAUGAAAAUAAUUACUUCAACUAUAGUUAUGUUUCGAACCACAACGAGAGCUAUUUCACUUAUAGUGUAUAUAAUAGUUCUUUCAUCACUAGACUUGUGUUGGAUGUGACCGGGCAGACCAAGCAACUUGUAUGGGUGGAUGGUGUUGGCUGGAAUUUAUUUUAUUCUCAGCCAAGCAAGAUAUGCGAUGUUUAUGCUCUCUGCGGGGCUUUUGGUACUUGCAAUGAGCAAAAUUUGCCCUUCUGCGAAUGUUUGCAAGGUUUUAGUUCACGCUCAACAACAGAUUAUAAUAAUCUGAGCGAUUGGUCUGGUGGUUGUGUGAGGAAAGCCCCUUUACUUUGUGGAAACAAUGUUUCUACAAAUGGGGAGAAAGAUGGAUUCUUCUCCAUGCCCAAUAUGAGAUUGCCCCUAAAUCCACAAUCUUUGGAGGUAGAGAGUGCACAAGGAUGCAAAUUUGCUUGCCUGAAUAACUGUUCUUGCACAGCUUAUGCAUAUGAUGGUGGGUGUUCAGUAUGGGAAGGAGAUCUCUUGAAUCUGCAACGACUCUCACAAGGUGACAGUGGUGGAGGAAAUCUAUAUCUCAAACUUGCUGCUUCCGAGCUUUCAAAUUCGGGAGGUAAGAAGAAGGGAUCAGUUAUAGGUGCUAUUGUUUGUGUUAUUUCGGGGGUUGUGCUGCUCUUGGGAUCUGUUUUGGUGCUAUUCUGUUGGUGGCAGAGAAGGAAUGUAUUUGGACCUUCAAAUCAUAUUGAUGGUUCUUUGGUUCAGUGUUCAUACAGAAACUUACAAAUUGCAACCAAGAACUUCUCCGAACAGAUAGGAAGAGGAGGAUUUGGUUGUGUCUUUAAAGGGACAUUGCCUGAUUCGACUGUUGUAGCUGUGAAGAAACUUGAAGGCCUCAGUCAAGGAGAGAAGCAGUUCCGAUCUGAAGUAAGCUCAAUAGGGAUGAUUCAGCACAUUAACCUCAUUCGCCACCGUGGGUUCUGCUGUCAAGGUACUAAAAAGUUGCUGGUCUAUGAUCUUAUGCCAAAGGGCUCUUUAGAUUCCCAUCUAUUUCAUGAUAAAAAGGGCUUUGAGGUUUUAGAUUGGAAAAUGAGAUACCAAAUCGCUAUUGGAAUAGCAAGAGGACUUGCUUAUCUACAUGAGAAGUGCAGAGAUUGCAUCAUCCAUUGUGAUAUCAAGCCUGAGAACAUACUUUUAGAUGCUGAAUUCUGUCCCAAGGUGGCAGACUUUGGCAUGGCGAAGCUUGUUGGCCGGGACUUCAGUCGAGUGUUGACAACCAUGAGAGGGACCAUUGGAUACCUUGCACCAGAGUGGAUUUCGGGUGUUCCAAUCACAGCCAAAGCUGAUGUUUACAGCUAUGGUAUGAUGCUCUUCGAGCUUAUAUCAGGGAGGAGAAACUCCUCUCAAGAUGGGGAUAGCAGAGUUAGACACUUUCCUACUUGGGCAGCAAGAAAAAUCAAUGAAAAUGGAGAAAUCAUUGACCUCUUGGACUGCAGGUUAGAAUGUAGUGCUGAUCAUGAAGAACUCACUAGAGCUUGUAAAGUCGCUUGCUGGUGUAUCCAAUAUGAUGAAGCUCAUAGGCCAUCGAUGGGGCUAGUGGUUCAGAUGCUUGAAGGGGUAAUGGAUGUUAACCUACCUCCGUUCCCCGAAAUUCUCCAAGCUUUUUCAGGGAUCCAUGAAGAUUCCUCUGAAUAUUCCUCAAAUUGGGGUUCGCGAACAUGUACUUCUCAGGCCAAGAGAACUAUGUCAUCAACAGUUUCCAUAACAUGAAUAAGCUGAAGCUGAUAUAGUUCUUAAGCAGUUCACUCAUUGGUGUGAGAGCUUAGAAUAUUCUGCAGAGUAACAAAGCUUAGGGCUGCAGUGUCAAAUCUCCUAUUUUGUUCAAUUCACAGCUUGAUUCUAUGGUAAGAUUAUUCUGGGAGUCAAAAGAUUGCCACAGCUGAACUCAGCAUGCCAACCAUGAAUACUUUCUACUGGUGAUAAUGACUGCCAUUCUAACUUUGGCUGCGCUUGGUAUGCAUUAUUGGAAUACAUCUCUUAUGGAGAGCACGUUCUGGAAUGAAAAUGGCUGUUUGGCAUAUAUUCUCAUUCUCAAAUCCUGGAACGCAUCCAAGAAUAAGGCCAUUCUGGAACGAGGCUUUUAGUCCAUUCCACGUUCUUGUUAUGUAGCCCCAGUCCCGUGUGUUGCGAAAAACCAGCAACAAUCAAUCGUGAGCACUUCUCUUUCUCCCUUCCUUCCACUGAUGGGCUGUUGAAGACUAUUCAACCUUUGAUCACCGAGGCUCAAAGACAACUCAAGAGUCAAGACGCAGAUUUGGAGGACUACUCUAUCUCCCCUGAAGCCAUUAAAAAGCGUUGCUCCAGGCUCAAAGCCACAGGCUUAGGCAGAGUUUGCAGGCGGAGAUCGCAGGUUGUGGCGGAGUUUGCAGGUAAAGUUAGGCUGGAGUUUGAAGCCGUGGGCAGAGAUUGCAGGUUGGGCAGAACUUUUUUACUUCCUAUGGGUAGGAGAGGUUCCUAUGGUAAGGGAAUUAGUUUGCAUGGUUUGAGGUAUCUGGUUGGGGUAUUAGUCAAGGUUCAGGAGAGAUAACAGAGGACUCUUCUUUUAUAGAUAACGGCUACUUUUUGGAGCUCUAUAAGAGAGGAGUUUGAAAGAAGGGUUUGCACACCUGUCCAGUUAGAGAAUUUGGGAAGAGAUGAGCAGAAUUUUUUCCUUAUUUACAUAGGCUAAAUCAAGUUGUUUGUCCUUUCAUUCGUAAAUUAACAUAAGACCAUUGUUAUUUUCUAAAAAAUGGAAAUCAUGAAGGUGAUUGCGUAA